CAUCCCUCUCCACUUCGCUCAUUUGACAAGUCGUGCUAACUCGCUAACUGUGUGCUAGUGGUGUCUACUUAUAUGCUCUAAGAGGUCCCAAGAACCCCUAACGUGGUCUAACAUGGUCUAAUGAGUUUUACGAAGUAAUGAGGACUGAGGUUAGCGACCUUGUCUUCCAUAUAGUCCAUUUUGAUUGGACUACCCCGCAAUAUUUCGAUUACCAUGACCAGCUUAUUGAGGGCUCGAGCCUCUCCUGAGGUAUCCAGGAGGUCGGUGCUGUACGAAGACGGGAUGAAAAAAGGCGCAACUAAUCCUGCCGCUUUCCCAGUUUCCCUUAAAGCAGCAUUACGGAAAGCGCUAUCUAUGGCUAUGGUGACAGAUUAUGCCUCCACUUCCGUUGUCCCCCCCGAGAAUCUUUCACCAUCAUUCGCCUCUAACCACAUCUAUGGUGGCUGUUACACACCGGUGCCUUCUUGGCUGUCAUACAGAGACAUGAUCGUCAGCUUGGCCAUUGCUCUAGAAUGUGGAAUUGGAGUCCAGUCCUCGCUCUCGCAUAACAAGCAACCGAGAUUUCCCCCCGAAGCAGAACGGUCCUUCUGAUUGGCAAUCAUUUCCUUUUUCUCUUCGCACAAGAGAUCGACUCUGCACCGACACUAACACCUUAUUUAUCUCCGAUCCCCGCUGUCAUCGAAGCCUUGCUCAUAGCUGCUCUCAAUUGCUCUCUGGGUCAACCGAACAGUGAUGGCCGGUCGUUGAUUUCCAACGUCACGUUUAAGAUACACUACUACCCGCCGAUUCUUGAUGGUACUCCGGAUAUAAUGCAUACUAUCCUCCCAAGACGCCCUCCCCAUGGGGAUGUCACAAGAAUCCCGACACCGCCGCUACAAGCUGCGGGACUGUUUAUCAACUUUUUCUUUCCCGCCCUGGCACUGAUUUUCGUGUGUCUGAGAGCCUUUUGCAGAGUCAAAAUCAAGCAAUGGGGUCCCGAUGACUACUUCAUCAUUAUUGGAUUGAUGUUUUCACUUCUGAUGUGUGGGCCGUUUUAUAUGCACAUCAAGCUGAAUUACUGGGGAUGGUAUGCGGUCGAUGUGCCAGCAGAUUACGAUCCUUCCCCUGGAAUGUGGUGGUUCUAUCUGGCACAAUUAUUUUAUAAUCCAAUCCUCGCAUUCGUCAAAGCCUCGGUCCUAUUAUUCUUGCUACGCCUAGGUGGCCAAAGGCCAGCUACUCGCUACGCCAUAUACGCUCUGUUUACUUUCAACGCCUUGCAGGCCAUCGCCAUAUUCCUCGUGGCAACACUGCAAUGUCUACCAAUUGCAGCCAACUGGGAUUCUGCUGUAAUGGCCACCGCAACUUGUGUUGAUGUGUCGUUUCACGUCGCAAUCUCGGCCUUAACUAUAUUCACGGAUAUCCUGGUGCUUGCUCUACCCUUCUGGAUUUUCCUGGGGCUUAACAUGCCCAUGGCACAAAAGAUGACAGUAAUCGGCGCAUUUUUGCUUGGAACCUCCGUUACCGUAGUGGCUAUCGUCCGAUUUGUCGAGUUAUACAGGUUGUUCUACGUGCCCAACCCGAACGGAGAUCCUUUCCAUUCUAUUGGAAUCACGCUUUCCACCGUGGAAGCAAAUGUCGCCAUCAUAUCCGCUACUAUUCCCGCCUUGAGACCUCUCGGCAGAAUCUUGAUGCCAGGCCUCUUUGCUGGCUCAAGCGUCAACUAUAAUACAUCGAAAAGCGGCGGCAACUUGCGCAGCGACAACCCAGCUAUCUAUAACCGCCAUGGUACCAGCGUUAGCAUAGCGAUGAAGAGUAUGCGCGACGGUUCACAGGCCAAGCAUACUGAGUGCCGCAGCGUGAGCCCCAAUGACAGCGAGGAGGAAAUCAUGACAUACCAUGGCAUCGUAAAGUCUACAGAUGUGCGCGUGCAAUUUGACAGCGAGAAUGACGAUCGGGCAUCGUCUCGGAUGUCGAACGAGCAAAAGGGAGGCAGGUAUAGCAGGACGUGAUGUGAGCUUCGGUAGUUACAUUUGAUCUAUAACGGAUGAUACCCGGUCUACAGCGACUUUAAUUCGGAGGGCGAGUCUACGCGAGGCGGGUGGGGACUUGACGAAGCCUGAACCAGUCGAUCCCAAUCGCAUGUCGGGCACUGGCACAUAUCAUGCCAUUGCAUAUAACGUCCGCCGUUGAACUAAAUGGCUGCUUUUGAUAGCAAUAGCCAUAGGCUGUAAUAUUAUUUACAGCAUACCAAGCAUCGUCUCUUAAGUUUAUAUACCAUUGUUCGCAGCAGAAUCCAUCCCUUGGAUUUAAGCUUGAAAGAUCAUUGCAGUGCAGUGAGACCAUAAAACAAAGCCGUGAAAGGGUGCAAAUAAGGUUGUCCUUGUAAUUGACACCUUGUGGCACUCCAAACAAUAUAUCUAUAUUGUUAGAUAUAUACUAUAGACGACACCACAUGCUCCCUUGGUAUAUGUAUUAUAAAAUUAUGUGUUUACCCACUUCACACGCU